AUGUCACUGAAUGACUACCUAAGUUCCGUGCUACCUGUCAAUGAACAAUUUGAAUAUUUAUCGUUACAAUCUAUUCCGUUAGAAACCCAUGCUGUUGUAACCGCAAAUAAAGAUGACAAAUGGAUCCCAAAAAGCACGAUUAAGACUCAACACUUCUUUAGUCUAUUUCAUCAAGGAAAAGUUUUUUUUUCAUUAGAAGUGUAUGUGUACGUCACACUCUGGGAUGAAGCGGAUGCUGAACGGUUAAUAUUUGUAUCAAAGGCAGAUACAAAUGGUUAUUGUGAUACGAGAGUAAGUGUUAAAGAUAUAACAAGGAUACUCCUAGAAUUUAUCUUAUCAAUUGACCCAAAUUAUUAUCUUCAAAGAGUAAAACCGGCAACGAGACCAUAUAAGAAGAUAUCCACUGAGCUGAUCAACCCAGCCAGUACGCCUGCGGAAACUUUACGGAUUCUAGCUAGAAGGCUUACACAGUCAGGCUGUACAAGUUUGAAAGAAACCAUGUCAUCAAGUUUUCAACAAGAUUUUUAUCUUUCAUUCACUUGCUCUCGUGAGAUUUUGACGAAAAUUUGUUUAUUUACUAGACCUGCAUCCCAGUACCUCUUCCCAGAUUCUUCAAAAAACAGUAAAAAGCAUAUACUAAAUGGCGAAGAGCUACUGAAAUGGUGGGGCUCUAUUUUGGAUAGGUUACUAAUUGAGUGCUUUCAGAAUGAUACGCAAGCAAAGUUGAGAAUUCCGGGCGAAGAUCCCGUUAGAGUAAGGUCGUACCUAAGAGAGAUGAAGUAUCCGCUAUGGCAAGUGGGUGACAUAUUUACCUCUAAAGAACAUUCUCUUGCGGUAUAUAGUAUUCCAUUGUUCCCAGACGACCCUAAGGCUAGGUUUAUGCACCAAUUGGCUGAGGAAGAUCGCCUCCUCAAAGAAAGCUUAUCAUCUUUCUGGGUUGAAUUGCAAGAGCGUCAAGAGUUCAAACUAAGUGUUACAGCAUCAGUAAUGGGUAUAUCGGGACACUCUUUAACGACUCCAAUUUUAUAUCCAUCUAGUGCGGAUGUCAUUGUGCCGAAGUCAAAGAAACAGUUUAGAGCAAUCAAGAAGUACAUUACUGGAGAGGAAUACGAUACUGAGGAAGGCGCAAUAGAAGCUUUCCUCAAUAUUAGCGACUUUCUAUUGCUCAGAAUGGCAAGAAAUCUUCAGUCUUUGACAGGGAAGAAGGAAUAUCGGGAGAGAAAUCAGCGGGAUCCCACAAGUAACAUCAGCUCCAUGGCUAUAACCACGCUAAAACCCCGUAAAAAAGCUAAGGCUUUGCCUAAAACUUAG